ACACAGGCAUGGGAUCGAAUCCAACAAGAGAGCGCAUCACACUGAUAUGUAUAACAGCUCCGAGCUGAUACUGCGGAGGGGACAAUCUUGCCGAAUAACGCUGGAGUUUAACAAACCUCUUACGGAUUGGCAGAGUAUAGUGUUUACUGCACAAACAGGCCCUAAGAACUCGGGAUAUCACAACACGAAUGUACAAUUUGCCCUGUCCAGCUCAUGGACCAGUGGGAUGUGGAGCGCCGUUCUGGAGUCCAGCCCUGGGAAUUCUCUGCGAAUCAUCAUGUCCAGCCCAGCGAACGCUGUCAUUGGAAGAUACGACCUCAGCGUCCAGAUAUCCGUGAUGGGACAUACGAACACAUACUCACUUGGAAAAUUCAUUCUGCUCUUCAACCCAUGGUGUCUAGAUGAUGAAGUCUACAUGGCCAAUGAAGAGGAGAGGAAAGAAUAUGUUCUAAAUGAUCAUGGUGUCAUAUUUAUGGGGAAUGACAAACACAUUUCCGGCAUCGGCUGGAACUAUGGUCAGUUUGAAAACAACAUCCUUAACAUUUGCUUGAACAUAUUGGACAGAAGCCUUAAUGCUCAUAAAGAUCCAGCUUCGGACUACUCCCAGAGACACAGUCCUAUCUAUGUGGGAAGGGUUAUCAGCGCAAUGAUAAACAGUAAUGACGACUACGGUGUCCUUGAAGGAAAGUGGGAAAAGGAUUUUUCAGAUGGUGUUGAUCCAAACAGCUGGAACGGAAGCGUUGAGAUUCUUUGGAAAUGGUUUAAUGACAACUACAAGCCAGUGAAGUACGGCCAGUGCUGGGUCUUUGCAGCUGUCAUGUGUACAGUACUCAGAUGCCUUGGCAUUCCAACCAGAGUCAUCACAAAUUUCAACUCUGCCCAUAACACGGAUGGAAACAUGGCUAUUGACAUGCACUAUGACGCCGAAGGAAAAUUUCUAGAGAUCUCCAGUGACAGUAUCUGGAAUUUUCAUGUAUGGAACGAAUCCUGGUUCAUGAGGAGAGACCUUGGUCUUUUCUAUAGCGGGUGGCAGGUGCUCGAUUCGACUCCUCAAGAACAAAGUCAAGGUGUCUUUCGCUGUGGACCCACCUCAGUGAUUGCGGUCAAAGAAGGAGAUUUGCACAUUGGAUACGACACUCCCUUCGUGUUUGCCGAAGUGAAUGCAGAUCGCGUCACCUGGGUCGUGCAGAAAGACGGAAGCAAAGAGAAAGCCCACAAUGAUAGCAAGUACGUUGGCCAAAACAUCAGCACCAAGGCUGUGGGUAAUGACUCCCGUGUCGAUGUAACACACAACUACAAAUAUCCAGAAGGAUCUCCUCAAGAGCGAGAGGUGUUUGAGAAGGCCACCAGAAAUGUGCCAUUUUAUAGACAUCCGCCAGAAAAUAUCAAUGAAAAUCCCUUCUACAUGAGCAACAGAAGAAGAAUGAAUAAUCCACUUGGACGGUUUUCAUCAUCUACACCCAAUUUAUCAACUUCUGCAAAUGGAAGACCGGCACUGGUCAGAAACGGAAGUGGAAGACCACUACCCCCUUCACCUUCUACAGGAAACCUUUCCCGCCCACCAACUUUACCCCGAACCGAAAAUUCUUUCCGUCCAUCCUCUCCAUCAACUAAUCCUUCACGCCCAACGCCACCGUCAUUUGAUGGGCCGGACAUCUCUGGGAAGUUUAGACUCCUUAGUCCUGUGGUGGUUGGAGAAGAUAUCAACCUGAUUUUAACGCUACAAAAUCUGACCUCUUAUCACAGACCAGUGAAGGUGAAUCUGAGCGCCUCCUCUAUUCUCUAUACUGGAAGAAGACUGAACGACAUCUUUACAGAUCAGAAGUCUCUCAUUAUUAAUCCAAACCAAGAUGCCCGCAUCUCCCUGCAGAUCCCCUACUCUCACUACCAUAAAUACAUCAACGACGGCAACAUGAUCCAGGUGGUGGCGCUAUGCGAAUUGCCUUUUGGGGAGAAAGUUGUGAUCACAAAGGACAUUGUCUUGGAGAAUCCACCCAUUACGAUCAAGCCUCUUAGUAAAGCUCUGCUGCACAGGACCAUGGCUCUGGAGAUUAGGUUCCAAAACCCGCUUGAUAUCGCCAUCCAAGACUGCGCCCUGGUGGUGGAAGGCAGCGGCCUUAUUGAUAGACAGCUUUCUACAGUAGUGCCCUACUUGAAACCGAAAGAGAAGAUCAGAUUCAAGGUGGAAAUAACGCCCUACAGGACGGGCACAAGGCAACUUAUAGUGAACUUCAAGUGCAAACACUUUUCCGUGAAAGGAUACCAAGUACUGAAUGUGGAAUCCUGGUAACCGGCCGCCAACAACCUGGCGACCAUAUUACCCAUGGUGUUUGUGUAUUUAUAUAUGUACAAUAUUAGGGCCCUCGAUUUACGGAAAAUGAACGUUUUAUAAUAAAAU